AUGGCUCCUUCCUUACCCAAAGAACUUUUUAAAAUAAUUUUUGACGAACAUGAAGAUGAUCUCUUUACGCUUCAUUCUUGCAUAUUAGUUAAUAGAAACUGGUGUAUAGUAGCCCUUCAAUACUUGUGGGCUAGACCUUUCACUUUGUUGCUUUCCAGCCAGAAGGCUGGACACGUUCAAUCAAUAGAAAAUCUUAUAACGACAUUCAUUGAAUGUUUUACCGAUGUUGAUUCUCUCACACAUUCACCACAAUUGCGCAAAAAAAAUAAUAAAAAGUUUCCGCUCGAUUAUAGUUUCUACUUGGAAGAGUUUCGUUUCAAAGAGAUCCAAGUUUUGGGAUGGUACACAAAAUUCAAUUCGACCGAUAUACAAGCCAUGAUUGCUCAUUUGGCAGUUGCAUAUUGCCCAAAUCUCACAACUCUUUCUCUCACGUCUCAUUCUCCGUACAGGGCAGAUUUUCAUAUAGAUGAAAAAUGGACUCUUCCUUGCUUGCAAAAUUUAAGUUUGUCAUUAAUUUUAGACAAUAGUGUAUUCAGCACACUUUCCAGGGCAGCACAUAAUCUAAAAUCACUUUCAGUUAAAGGUCCUGGUGGCUAUAACUUUGCUGAACAAGUACCACAUUAUGGAUUGCAAAAUCUCAUACAGUCUCAACAUCAACUAAAGACAAUCACUGUAAAAAUUGUUAUAACCAAUAUGAGUUCACUAUUUAAACUGUUGGAGUCACAGUCAAAUUCUCUGCAAUCAAUUGUUUUGGAAGACUGUCGUUUCUAUCAAGAUGAUUUGGACAUUAAGCUGAUUAAGUUUCAUCAAUUGGCAAGCAUCUGCAUAAAGCAAAGUUGGAUAUUGGAAGGAGGAUUGAAAUCCAUCAUUGAGGCUGACUUGCCAAAAUUGCGUCAACUUAAAUUUGAAAAUACAGGAAUAUAUGAGAGUGACUGGAUUCUAUUGCAAAACAAGUACCAAGAUCAGUUGGUAAUAAUUACCUCAAGUAAUUUUAUCUGA